UUUGCCCCCUUUCUUCCAUUUCUGAGGUUUCUUUCAGUUUUUGUUCGUUGUUCCGAUUCUCUUCUUCAACAAUGGCAUCUGCAGAUGUUGAGUUCCGUUGCUUCGUUGGUGGCCUUGCAUGGGUGACUGAUGACCAAGCCUUAGAGAGGGCUUUCAGUCAAUACGGCGACAUUAUUGAAUCAAAGAUUAUCAGCGAUCGUGAGACUGGGAGAUCCAGAGGUUUUGGCUUCGUGACUUUCCGCGAUGAGCAAUCGAUGAGGGAUGCUAUUGAAGGGAUGAACGGACAGGACCUUGAUGGUAGGAAUAUUACCGUCAACCAGGCCCAGACCAGGGGUGGCGGCGGCGGUGGUGGAGGUGGUUAUCGCAGCGGUGGCGGCGGUGGUGGCUAUGGAGGUGGUGGCGGUGGUGGUUAUGGACGCCGUGAGGGCGGUGGUGGUGGUGGAUACAGCCGUGGUGGAGGCGGUGGUGGAUACAGUCGUGGUGGUGACCGUGGCUACGGAAGUGGCGGUGGCGGUGGCGGAGGUGAUCGUUAUUCAAGCUGGAGAAACUAGGGAUUGUAGUGAUGUUUUAGGAUUUUCGUAUGGUUAGGGUUUGCUUGUGAUGAAUGGGUGCUUGUUACUGGUUAUGGUCCGUGUGCUCCUCUUUUUUGUCCGCUGGUUCGUUAUCAAUAGUUUAGGUUAUGAUAUCUUUCUGGGGAGGUUUUAGUCUUGUUACAAAGUCAUCAAACUUCGAAAGAGAAAUAUAUUUUCGUUCUUGCUUUU